GACGGGAAUCGCCGCGGGCCAAACCUCGACCGGCCCCGCUGGUCGGCGCGUGCCCGGUGCCGGGCUGUUGGUUAAUACGUUAGCCCCUCUCCUAACGGUCCGCGUGCGGGAGGAAAGCCGAGGCGCGGCGCAGGCUCUCUCAGAGCUCCUCAGCACGGCACCGUGGCGCAGCCCCACUGAGGAGAGCUGCGCGGCGGCCGAGGCCGCGUCGAACGCGCGACGGCGUUUCAUAGCUUAUGAGUGACCUUAAGACGGCGGGGAGCGCCAGGUGCCCCGAUAGCUUACAUGGAACGGCCUCGCUGCGUUCUGGACAGCGCGCCGCUUCCCAAUGCGCCCAAGGAAGGGCAGCGAGCGCUCCCGAAGAAAAGCUGGCAGGGAGGCAGGGAGAGCGCGGGCGGCAGCAGAGCUGGAGGAGGCCAGAGCGAGCGGCUGUGUGCGAGGGAAGAGCCUGCGGGGCAGCAGCGCGGCGUGUUGCUCUGCCCCCGGCACGGGGGGCUCCGUCCCGCCCCGCUUAGGGCUCCUGGGAGGCGGCAGCCGGAGAGAAGCGGCUCUGGCAGCGAGCAACCCCUGCGGCAGCGAAGGGCUCCCGGCACGCGGCUAGCAGUGCUUCCAGAUGUCGGUGUUGGGGCCUUUGUGGUUUUGACGCGGGUUCCCAAGCUCUCCGCGCUGUGUGAGGAGAUUGAAAAACUUAGAAUGGCUGGAGAACAGAAACCAUCCUGCAAUCUUCUGGAGCAGUUUAUUUUACUAGCCAAAGGUACAAGUGGCUCAGCUCUGACUGCCCUGAUAAACCAAGUGCUGGAGGCUCCUGGGGUUUAUGUCUUUGGAGAGCUGUUGGAGUUAACAAAUGUGCAAGAGCUUGCUGAAGGGUCUAAUGCUGCUUAUUUCCAGUUGCUGAACCUGUUUGCAUAUGGAACGUACCCAGACUACGUAGCAAACAAAGAUAACCUGCCUGAAUUAACAGCAACUCAGAAAAACAAGCUGAAACACUUGACAAUAGUAAGCCUGGCUUCUAGAAUGAAGUGCAUUCCCUACUCCGUGUUGCUGAAGGACCUGGAUAUGAAGAAUCUGAGGGAGCUGGAAGAUCUGAUUAUAGAAGCGGUUUAUACAGAUAUUAUCCAGGGGAAGCUGGAUCAACGAAACCAGAUGCUAGAGGUGGAUUUUUGUAUUGGCAGAGAUAUUCAGAAGAAGGACAUCAGUAACAUUGUCAAAACACUCCAGGAAUGGUGUGACGGUUGUGAAGCAGUUCUUUUAGGGAUUGAGCAGCAAGUACUGAGAGCCAACCAAUACAAAGAGAACCAUCACCGAACCCAGCAGCAGGUAGAGAUGGAGGUCACAAACAUAAAGAAAACAUUAAAAGCUACAGCCUCGUCGUCGGCACAGGAGAUGGAACAGCAGCUGGUAGAGCGAGAGUGCCCUCCACACACAGAACAAAGGCAGCCCACAAAGAAGAUGUCCAAAGUUAAAGGGCUGGUCUCCAGCCGUCACUAGAACAUACCAUCCAAAUGUCAUUCAGCUAGGAAUGACAGCAGGAGGAGCAAAAAAGGGCCUGUGUCUUCUUUUCCAGUGGGUUCUGGGCCAGCCCCUUCCAGACUGGCAAAUAAAAGCCCUGUUUGAAGCAGCACCUGGCAAAGUUA